GUCUUACAUCAGCCCAGCGAGCCCUGGUGAAGGCGACUGAGAGCCAGCGAGCGAGAGAGAGAGAGAGAGAGAGAGAGAGAGAGAAGGGCUCGGAUUGUAGCGUCCAGCCGUCUUGACUCUCACUGGAAUAAUCUAAAACCAUCUCUGAACAAAUGGUCUGAAAGGAUAAGACGUCUCAGAAAUUGGAAGUCUCUGUGUUUGGGAUGAAGCUGUGGGACGUUCACUUCCUCCUGCUCAUCCUCCUCUACCUGUUAGGAGCCGUCACAUCACAGGUCAACCCAGGUGUGUGUCGGUAUCCUCUGGGCAUGUCAGGAGGGCAGAUACAGGACGAGGACAUCUCUGCCUCCAGCCAGUGGUCCGAAUCCACCGCUGCUAGAUAUGGCAGGCUGGACUUUGAGGAGGGCGAUGGCGCGUGGUGUCCAGAGAUAACAGUGGAGCCAGACAGCCUGAAGGAGUUUCUCCAGAUUGACCUGCGCUCGCUCCACUUCAUCACCCUUGUAGGCACCCAGGGUCGCCACGCGGGAGGCAUCGGUAAUGAGUUCGCCCAGAUGUACAAGAUUAAGUACAGUCGCGAUGGAAGCCGCUGGAUCUCGUGGAGAAACAGGCAGGGCAAGCAGGUGAUUGAAGGAAACAGGAACGCCUAUGACAUUGUACUGAAGGACCUCGAGCCGCCCAUCAUCGCUCGCUUCGUCCGCUUCAUGCCCGUCACAGACCACUCCAUGAACGUCUGCAUGAGAGUGGAGCUCUACGGCUGUGAAUGGCUCGAUGGUCUCGUGUCGUACAACGCUCCAGCAGGAGAACAGAUGAACUUGCCUUCUUACCCUGCGUAUCUCAACGACUCUGUCUACGACGGAGCUGUCAUCCACAGUAUGACGGAGGGUUUGGGCCAGCUGACGGAUGGAGUGUGUGGCCUGGAUGAUUUUACACACAGUCACGUCUAUAAUGUGUGGCCUGGGUACGAUUAUGUGGGCUGGACUAACGAGAGCUUCCCCAGUGGAUACGUUGAAAUCAUGUUUGAGUUUGACCGCAUACGUAACUUCACCACCAUGAAGGUCCACUGCAACAACAUGUACUCACGGCGUGUCAAGGCCUUCCGCCAGGUGGUGUGUUACUUCCGCUCUGAGGCAGACUGGGAGGCCACGCCGCUCACCUUCAGCCCCGUGGAGGACGAGAAGAAUCCCAGCGCCCGUUUCGUCACCGUCAACCUGGCCAAUCACAUGGCCAGUGCCAUCAAGUGCCAGUUCUACUUUGCUGAUGCCUGGAUGUUGUUCAGCGAGAUCACCUUCCAGUCAGAUACAGCCAUGUACAACACAACACUGGCUCCACCCAAGACAGGAAUACCACCCAACAUACAACCAGAGGACGACCCCACCCACAAAGUCGAUGACAGCAACACCCGGAUUCUGAUUGGCUGUUUGGUGGCCAUCAUCUUCAUCCUGGUGGUCAUCAUCGUCAUCAUCUUGUGGAGGCAGGUGUGGCAGAAGAUGUUGGAGAAGAGCGAGACGUUCGCCUACAACCACAACCAGUCGAGCACAGCCAGCGAGCAGGAGUCUAAUUCCACCUACGAGCGCAUCUUUCCCCUCGGCCCAGACUAUCAGGAGCCGUCGCGCAUCAUAUGCAAGCUGCCGGAGUUCGCUCAGAGCUCAGAGGAGCCUGCUUCUACGAGCACCGCAGCCUCCAAAUCCACCACCACUACCGCAGUCCAGGAUGGCGCUCCACACUACGCAGAGGCAGACAUUGUAAACCUGCAAGGCGUGACCGGAGGCAACACGUACGCCAUCCCUGCACUGACCAUGGACCUGCUGUCGGGGAAGGAUGUGGCAGUGGAGGAGUUCCCACGAAAGCUGCUCACGUUCAAAGAGAAGCUGGGAGAGGGACAGUUUGGAGAGGUGCACCUGUGUGAAGCAGAGGGAAUGCAGGAGUUCAUGAAUAAAGAGUUUCUAUUCGACAUCUCCGAGGACCAGCCAGUUUUAGUGGCUGUGAAGAUGCUUCGUUCAGACGCCAACAAAAAUGCAAGGAACGACUUCCUGAAAGAGAUAAAGAUCAUGUCACGUUUGAAGGACCCCAACAUCAUUCGCCUGCUGGCUGUGUGCAUCUACAGCGACCCGCUCUGUAUGAUCACAGAGUACAUGGAGAACGGAGAUCUCAACCAGUUUCUGUCCCGCCACGAGCCUGAGGGACAACUCGCUCUGCUCAGCAACGCACCUACUGUCAGCUUCAAUAAUCUGAUCUACAUGGCGGCUCAGAUAGCGUCGGGGAUGAAGUACCUCUCCUCUCUAAACUUUGUUCAUCGAGACUUGGCCACGCGGAAUUGCCUGGUGGGCAAAAACUACACGAUAAAGAUAGCUGACUUUGGCAUGAGCAGAAACCUGUACAGUGGUGACUACUACCGCAUCCAGGGCCGAGCGGUACUGCCGAUACGCUGGAUGUCAUGGGAGAGCAUCCUGCUGGGUAAGUUCACCACAGCUAGUGAUGUGUGGGCGUUUGGGGUGACCCUGUGGGAGAUACUAAACUUCUGCAAGGAGCAGCCCUACUCUCAGCUCACUGAUGAGCAGGUGAUAGAAAACACGGGGGAGUUUUUCAGGGACCAGAAAAGACAGAUCUACCUGCCUCAGCCGGUGCUGUGUCCAGACUCGCUCUACAAGAUCAUGCUGGGCUGCUGGAGGAGGAACACAAAGGAACGGCCCUCCUUCCAGGAAAUACACCGAGCCCUCGUGGAAAUGCAGCCUUAAGCCGGGGCCGAUGUUUAGGACAGUGAUUCCUAGACUGCUCAUCUCUGGAGGAGACGGUGCAAAGCAAGAGGAGACCAUGAUUCAGACACAAUCCAGGUUUAAGCUAUCUUGUUUCAGUCGAGAAACGAGGCGAGAGCCACUUGUGGGCUCCAAGCUGCGAUUUGGGAAACGCUGUUUGAUGGACUUCCUCUCUACACAGAUGGACAACCAGAGACUUUUAGUGUGUCAGUUUAAUUGGCACAAUCAUGUUGGCUAAGAUGUUUUAUAGACAUACAGGUAUUGUUAGAAAAAUGUAUUAUGUUUUAUAAUUCACCAACCCUGAAACACACACCGAAUUGUGAUUAAGGUUUGGUUGUGACGUGUUGGUGAAGCCAAAGUUAAAUGUAGCAAGUGACAUUCGGCACUUUUGAAAAUGUAUUUUAAUUUCCUUUUUAAUAUGAGUUCAGAUCUCCCAUGUUACGGUGUUUGAUAGCAACAUUGUCGAAGAGCUUUCUCGUGUUUUCUUUUGGAAGACUGCUUGAAUGUAGAGGGGGAAGUGCAGCCAACCAUCACUGUUACUUUAUAUUCCAAGUAUUUCAUCUCAGUUUCUCAGACAGACUCCACACCUUUAGAAAUAACAAGGAAAUAUCCAGCCACUCCGUCAUCUCAUCUCCCUGCAGUUUUCCUUCUGUGAUUUGAACAUGAAGUGUAUAUGACUGUGUAUUUUCAACAGAUACGUCUAAAUCUCAAAUAGCAAUAUUUUGUAUUAAUAUUUAUAUGUUCAUAUGUGUUUGUUUUGUUGAUAUAUUUGUGGGUUAAUAUUCUCUUUAAGUUGUUUGUAUCAUGUUUGAUGUGAUUCAGUAACUUUCCAGCUCACGUUUCGAUCUAAACACCAAACAAACUGCUA